GGUAGCACUGAAUUUGUACUAUUUCCGGAAUCAAGAAGCUGUUGUUGGCGUCUGAGCACGUUGUAGUUUAUGCAAAUAGUUGGUUUAUUAUGGAUUUUGAUUUUGAUAUUGAGUGAUAAAAUCGUCGAUUACUUGCUAGUUCAACUUUGAAUCAUAGUUUAUUAUUGUUUAUUGGAAAAUGGUUGGAUCACGAGUGUAUGUUGGUGGUCUCCCCUUUGGAGUAAGAGAGAGAGACUUGGAAAAGUUCUUCAAAGGUUUUGGAAGAAUCAGAGACAUACUUAUCAAGAAUGGAUAUGGUUUUGUUGUAAGUUUUAGUUUCUUUCACAUACUUUAUGGUAAAAAAUACUGUAGAGUUUAUGUGAUGUUGAAUUAACAGUGGUCCCAUCAUAUGAGAGAGUGCAAGGGGAAUCUUUUGGUGGAAAGGGCCCUAAAAAUGUUGCGUCUGUGGUCCACUCCCAAUAUCUACAUAUAAUCAAAAGCCAGAUACACUAAGAAACCUCAUGUAUGAGGUUCGGCCUAUUGCUUGAAGACUCACCUUUGAUACCCACAAGUCUAGGUGGGCUGUGAAUUUAUUCAGAUGUCUAUCCAAUAUGUAUGUAUUAUUUCAUAAAAUGUAUAUUAAACAAUAAUGAUGGUUAGUUUAAAAAAUAUUUAAGCUUAUCUAGAGACAAAAGUUACGACUUUAGUCCUGAUUUUUUUUUAAUAUACUUCGUAAUUUUCAGGAAUUUGAAGAUUACAGAGAUGCAGAUGAUGCUGUGUACGAGCUAAAUGGAAAAGAACUAUUGGGUGAAAGGGUGGUGGUGGAGCCGGCGAGGGGCAUCGAUCGCAGCGCCGACCGGUACCGGCGCGGCGACCGGCACUACGAGCGCUCCGGCGGCGGCCGCUCGCGAUACGAUGAUGACUACAAUUAUAGAUACGGACCGCCAACGCGCACCGAGUAUCGACUUAUCGUCGAGAAUUUGUCUAGCCGCAUUAGCUGGCAGAAGGUGGCCAGUCCGGUCGAUGUGCGUUGCGCUGUGUGAUGUGGUCUCAGGCGAUGUAGAGUUGCGCCGCGUCGUCCGGCGCCCGCAUGCGAGCAGCCCGCCAGGUAAUGUCGGGGCUACACCAACCGAUGGACACAACCGACAUCACAACACUUACAUUGAUUUGAAAGACUAUAUGCGUCAAGCUGGCGAAGUGACUUACGCUGACGCCCAUAAACAACACAGGAAUGAAGGUGUGGUAGAAUUUGCGACGCACUCGGACAUGCGGGCCGCCAUUGAGAAACUGGACGGUACGGAACUGAACGGACGGCGCGUGCGACUCGUGGAGGAUCGGAGGUCGUCGCGCCGGCGCACGCGCUCCUCGUCCAGCCGCUCGCGCUCCCGCUCCCGGGACAGGAGGCGCUCGCGAUCCAGAUCACGCCGUUCAUCUCGUUCUAAAUCUAGACAGAAGAGCAAGAGCCCUGCUGCUAAAUCUCGCUCUAGAUCGCGUUCCAAUGGCCGUAACAAAGACGAGGAGGGUGGGGGUCGCGGACACCGCGCCGGCAGCCGCUCUCGCUCCCGCUCCCGCUCGGAGCCCGCCCACGCCGACCGCAACGGGCGCCGCUCCGACGACCGCUCCAAGUCCCGCGACAUCAAAGCCGACUCCAAGGAGAGAUCUCGGUCUCGCAGCAAGGAAGCGUCCCCGAAGCGGGAGGAAGAGCGUCGUCCGACCAAGUCCCGGUCUAGGUCUCGGUCUCGCUCCCGGUCCAGGUCCGUGUCCCGAGGCCGGUCCGUCUCGCGGGACCGAUCCGGAUCCCGUUCUAGGUCCAGGUCUCCAAGACAAAACGGCGAAGCUCAGGACCGCGACGGAAGCACGGACCGCUCACCGCGUAGUGGUGAUUAAUAUUAAACUUACAACGAUAGCAAUUAGACUUGAAGAUGAAUACUUUUUUGAUUUAAUUGAAAGUUCCAUAUCGUGACUGCGAUGUUUGCGUUUACUAAACAUUUCGUCUCGCAUUAAAACUGUAUAAUCUCAAAACUUACUAAAUUUUACAGGAGAGUGUUUUAAAGGUUUAACAUAAUAUGAUAUUUUUAAUAUUAAUCAUCUUUGCAACAUUUAUUUUUUAGUUUUUACCAGUUACAUUAUCUAUCUUUGAAAGUAAGAUAAAAAUAUGUAUUAAUUUUGUUAAUAGUAGUCAAAAUAUAAGUAAACUAAAAAAAUAAUCUAAAACUAAACUACGCUCUUUUGACCGUAUUUAUGAGAGAAAUACUGGUGAUACCAAAUGAUUCCGCAUAUUAACUCAAUUUCGAAUAUUUUUCGAAAUUGUACACUUUUAAUGCGAAAAGAUGAUUUAUUGUCUUGUGAAAACACAAUGACGUUAGUUUUAUCUUAGUAAUACAUUUAUUUGUUUGAAAUAUGAAAUUGCACGCAAUGUGUUUUACAUAUUUUUAUUGUAACGUAGGUAGGUAGGUAGGUAUGGCGAGGUUACUGUACAUGGCGGGGCCCGCUUAGAGUCACGGUUGUCAUAUUAAGAUUUCAAAGCGCACGGUUUGCGAUUCACUCUUCGUCACUCAUUUGUCACUUAAUAUAUAAUAAAUAAUAGUUUUAAUUAUUAUUGCUUUGCGUUAAUAUUUUCAGUUUUAUAAAUAAGUGUGGUAUGUAAUUGACCCUCGUUUACUAAAUGUAAAUCAAGUUUGAAACGGACUUAAGUUACAUAGACAAAUAAGUUAAUUUGUAAAUAGUGGAUUUUUAUUAACCAAAUAAAUGAGACGAUUCAGAA